GAGUCCUAUUGCCGAGCAGUUUGUUGAUACCUUGCACUACCUGAUACUGAACACUACAAGUCAACUUCGCGACUAAACGAAACCUUGUUGAAGGUUGAAAACUUCAGGAAUUGGAACUCAGACACAAGUCUACGGUCGGCCAAGUUCGUAUCCAAGAGUUUUGUAUAGGAACCUUGAAUUCCGAAAAAAUCUGGAUCGAACCGGCGCGGGCGUGCAUAUCACAAGUUGGGAUUUUAUCAACAUAGUAAUCAUUGCUUUCACGACCUCGCGGUGACUUGAAGACAUUUAGUCCUUUGAUUGGAAAUAUUUUGAUAAUCUGGUAACAAAUCGAGUUCUCAACGUCAGCAAGCAAUCCGUAAUUGCACGAUACCUACUAAAGAUCAGAAUCAAAGAAAGUAUCAGAGAGUAUUCAUCGGGUCUCACGAUCCCCCACAGCGCUUUUCUGUGCCCUGGGAAAUUUUUCGAUAUAUUAGCAUACGGAAACUAUACAUGUCCAAUGUGAACUUUUGAAGAAUGGUAUAAAAUAGACUUCAAAUUAGGGAAGUUCAAAAACAGGAACUGUCUGAGAAAUUGGAAAUGCAAUAUUAGUUGCGGUGUAAAGAUUCAAUCUGGUGAUUUUGUCUGAGUUGGCUUUUGGAGUGAGGUAAAAAUGUCGAGUUUGACUAUGGAAUCUAGUUUCUUAGGAACAACGGACAGUAAUUUGAACAGGUCGACAAGUGAACCAGACAUCGCUAAUGCCGUUCUUAAAACACGACAACGGACUUGCAGUAACGCAUCGCAAAUCGGGAAGCAAAGAAACUCGAGGAAUCGUGCCUCUACUUCAUCGCUGAGGCUCCGAAAUUCAACACCAAGAAAUGAUCUACCAGAAAUUCGACUAGAAUCAAGUGGUCCAAGUUUACCAUCACCAGCUUCUAAAGUUCACAUGACCCCAAGCAGAGAAGAGGUUAAGGCAUUAGCGUAUGAUCGACUUCAAGAAGAGUUAUCAAGAGCACAACAGGAGUUGAAAUUAAAAGAUGAAGAAUGCGAGAAAUUAUCAAGAAUAAGAAAUGAACUUGAGUCAGAAUUAGAGGAAUUAACAGCAAGUCUUUUCCAGGAAGCACAUGCCAUGGUUCAUGAUGCCAAGCUAAAACAAGUUGCAGCUGAAAAGAGAUGCCAAGAAGCUGACAACAAAGUCGACAUAUUACAAGCAGAAGUCAAUGCAUUAAAGUCUCUCCUAAUCCAACCGCCGAAAAAGAACCAUAAAAUGCGUCGGCACAGCGAUGAGAACUUAUCGCCGUGUGACGAAUGUGGUUCUUACGACUGUGAUUCCGUGGUCCCUUAUUGCCGUAGCAAAUGUGUUACCAAGAGACCAAGAGAUUUCCAUCGCCCUGAGGACCCUGAGGUGGACGUUAUUAUUUUCCGUGAAUUCCUAGAAUGGAUGGAUGAACGUUCCGUGUCACAUGACAAGCCUUUUCUUUCCCGAAUAUACGAGGAAGACGUAGCACCGUGUUUGAAUUUCACUAACAAAGAGCUUGCCAUUGCAAUUCAUCAGUCUAUAGAGAACAACACAUUAUCUAUGGAGAGUAUACGAACAAAGGCAUUAUUCAGAAAAUGUGCACUGACGGGAGCUUCAAGGUUCUGUCGACAUAGAGUCAAACUCGCAGAUAACAAUGACUGGGUUAAUAUAUGUAAAAGCAGCAGGGAUCGGAUCGCUGCAGUUUGUGAUUUCUAUACAUAUGUACGCUACAUACAAAAAGGACUAGUCAAAGCUGAUGUAACCGAGAUUUACUGGGAGAUAAUGAAGCUACGAAGCAAAAUGGCGCUUACAAGACUUGGGCUACCUGUUGUAACCAAGCCGAGUUCUCCUGGGAGCUAAAGCAGAUCUAUGGUUCCAUAGACAAUUCAUAAGCGACAUAUAAAACAUAUUUCUAUACACUUAUUAUCUUUUCUUGUAUUUUCCAUUUUUAUUAAAUCUUUAUACUAUAUAUUAUUUUAUAUUGUAUAUGAUUGGAUUCUCAAGUCUUCUUAAAAAAAGUUUUAUCAAAGGUUUUUUUUUUGACAAUGUCCCGCUAAGUAAGUAACAUUUUCUAAUAUAUCUAUCUGUACUUAUUCCUGUACAUGGACUACAAAUGGCUCGAGUCAUACUUUUUAACAAUGAACGAAAACAAAACUUUCAGUGUAGUUUCUUACUGUGUGGUUUUUUUUAAUUUCUUCUGAAGUUCUGCUUUUAUUUUAUGCACAGCAUUUUGACCUGAUGCUCAGCGUUUUGUUAGAAAAAAUUAAGCCCACUCGCAUCCCCCAAACACCCUAUGAAGUGGUGUGUCUCUCGUGUAUUAAUGAAUUCCCUAAAGAUUGCAUAAAUCAAAGUCCCUAUUCAUAUUCUCCUUUCCCUGGAACAUAGUAAUCACAUGUUGUUUACCCCGUGUCAUGUCACGUGACCACCAUAAGUUUGUUAUAAGCAUCUUGCAAAGGGCAACUUGAUAGUACUACGUGUUGUUUCCCCAGAGUCAUGUCACGUGAUCACCAUAAGUUUGUUAUAAGCAUCUUGCAAAGGGCAACUUGAUAUUACUACAUGUUGUUUACCCCGUGUCAUGUCACAUGAUCACCAUAAGUUUGUUAUAAGCAUCUUGCAAAGGGCAACUUGAUAGUACUAAAUGUUGUUUACCCCAUGUCAUGUCACGUGAUCACCAUAAGUUUGUUAUAAGCAUCUUGCAAAGGGCAACUUGAUAGUACUACGUGUUGUUUACCCCGUGUCAUGUCACGUGACCACCAUAAGUUUGUUAUAAGCAUCUUGCAAAGGGCAACUUGAUAGUACUACAUGUUGUUUACCCCGUGUCAUGUCACGUGAUCACCAUAAGUUUGUUAUAAGCAUCUUGCAAAGGGCAACUUGGUAGUACUACGUGUUGUUUCCCCAGAGUCAUGUCACGUGAUCACCAUAAGUUUGUUAUAAGCAUCUUGCAAAGGGCAACUUGAUAGUACUACGUGUUGUUUACCCCGUGUCAUGUCACGUGACCACCAUAAGUUUGUUAUAAGCAUCUUGCAAAGGGCAACUUGAUAGUACUACAUGUUGUUUACCCCGUGUCAUGUCACGUGAUCACCAUAAGUUUGUUAUAAGCAUCUUGCAAAGGGCAACUUGAUAGUACUACGUGUUGUUUCCCCAGAGUCAUGUCACGUGAUCACCAUAAGUUUGUUAUAAGCAUCUUGCAAAGGGCAACUUGAUAGUACUACAUGUUGUUUACCCCGUGUCAUGUCACGUGACCACCAUAAGUUUGUUAUGAGCAUCUUGCAAAUGGCAACUUGAUAGUACUACAUGUUGUUUACCCCAUGUCAUGUCACGUGACCACCAUAAGUUUGUUAUAAGCAUCUUGCAAAGGGCAGCUUGAUAGUACUACAUGUUGUUUACCCCGUGUCAUGUCACGUGACCACCAUAAGUUUGUUAUAAGCAUCUUGCAAAGGGCAACUUGAUAGUACCACAUGUUGUUUACCCCGUGUCAUGUCACGUGACCACCAUAAGUUUGUUAUAAGCAUCUUGCAAAGGGCAACUUGAUAGUACUACGUGUUGUUUCCCCAGAGUCAUGUCACGUGACCACCAUAAGUUUGUUAUAAGCAUCUUGCAAAGGGCAGCUUGAUAGUACUACAUGUUGUUUACCCCGUGUCAUGUCACGUGACCACCAUAAGUUUGUUAUAAGCAUCUUGCAAAGGGCAACUUGAUAGUACUACAUGUUGUUUACCCCGUGUCAUGUCACAUGAUCACCAUAAGUUUGUUAUAAGCAUCUUGCAAAGGGCAACUUGAUAGUACCACAUGUUGUUUACCCCGUGUCAUGUCACGUGACCACCAUAAGUUUGUUAUAAGCAUCUUGCAAAGGGCAACUUGAUAGUACUACGUGUUGUUUCCCCAGAGUCAUGUCACGUGAUCACCAUAAGUUUGUUAUAAGCAUCUUGCAAAGGGCAACUUGAUAGUACUACAUGUUGUUUACCCCGUGUCAUGUCACGUGACCACCAUAAGUUUGUUAUAAGCAUCUUGCAAAUGGCAACUUGAUAGUACUACAUGUUGUUUACCCCAUGUCAUGUCACGUGAUCACCAUAAGUUUGUUAUAAGCAUCUUGCAAAAGGCAACUUGAUAGUACUACGUGUUGUUUACCCCGUGUCAUGUCACGUGAUCACCAUAAGUUUGUUAUAAGCAUCUUGCAAAGGGCGACUUGAUAGUACUACAUGUUGUUUACCCCGUGUCAUGUCACGUGACCACCCUACUGGUCAGUUCUACAUGGGCACAUCCUGAUCACGUGUUUAUCUCGUGCCACGCCGCUGUAAAGUAGGGGCUGUUGUUGCAAGGUACUGCUGGAGUCGGUGGCGUUGUAGGAAGGAGCUAGGAGCGACUCUUGUGUGGUAUAAAUUGCGCAUUACAAACCAGAUCUGACACGAGAAAGAGUAUCAACACCUGUAUAGCUAACGCAUCAACCACAAAGACGUUGUGGAUGAAUUUCACUUUCAACAUCAACAUACAACAUACAACAUAUUUUAUUAGCACCCUCUAUUAUACAGAUAUUACUUAUUAAAUAAGAAAAGGAGAAAAAUAAUUAUAAUUUUUAUAAUUGGGCACCAGCCGCAUUAAGAAAUAGCAUAGCUAAUCGAGCUUAAGCGGCUAGGUCAAGCGGAAAAUUGCAUGGGUAAACAACAUGAUACAUCAAUAUAAUAUCAAUACAAACAGAAACGAAAAACAGACGACAAUAGAUGCACGCACAAGAACAAAACACGCACAA